AUGGGGAAUAAGAAGAGGAGUCCCUUAGACCAGAAGCUGCCCUUCCACCAGAGACUUCUGGGCGGUGUCCAAAACAGUUUCGGAUCACCGCUGGCCAAUGAAGCUCGUUUGUCCUCGAAAAAUGUUAAUGGAAUGUCCGACUUGGAAGCCUUCAUCAAUGUCCUAAAAUGUGGGUUUGGUACUGGUUGCUUGGCCAUGCCAUACGCAUUUCUGAAUUCGGGUUGGUUAGUUGGUCUCUUUGGCACUUUUGCACUGAGCUUCUUUAUGCUCUAUGCCAUGCAUGUACUGCUUCAUCAUAUCAAUAAUUUGGGUACCCAACAUAAAAUGCCAAUGAUCAGUUAUCGAAAAGCAGUGGAACUGGCUAUCAUGAAAGGACCACGAAAGUUUCAUUUCCUGAGCAAGCCUUUUGGGUAUUUAGUGGAUGUAUUGCUAUGUGCCUAUCAUUUCGGCGUGGAUUGUGUCUACGUGGUUUUCAUAGCCAAGAGUUUGAAGCAUCUGGGGGAUAUGUAUUUAUGGGCCUGGGAUGGCAGGCUUUACAUGGCCUUGAUCGCUUCGCCACUGAUUCUUACGUUUUUAAUUCGGGAUCUCAAAAGUCUUGUGCCGUUUGCAAUAAUAUCUAAUAUUCUGCUAAUAACAGGAUAUUGCGUGAUUUUGAACUACCUAUUCCGUGAUCUUCCCGAGCUUGAACCACUUAAUGCCGUUCAGCCGCUGAGAAACUUUCCAAUAUUUUUUGGCACUGUACUCUUUUCCAUUGAAUCUGUUGGAGUGAUCCUUUCCCUCGGUCGAAGUAUGCGAACACCGGAAAACUUGUUGGGAACCUGUGGAAUCCUGAAUCAGGGUAUGAUCGUGGUAAUUAGCUUCUAUGCGAUCUUUGGCUUCUUUGGAUAUUGGCGAUAUGGCCAAAAUACGGCCAACUCCAUUCUGCAGAAUUUGCCCCAAAACGAAUUACUUCCACAAUUGGUGACUGGUAUGUUUGCCCUGGCAAUAUUCUUCAGUUAUUCCCUGCAAGGAUACGUCACUGUGAACAUUAUCUGGCGGAAUUACUUAGAACCGGAAUUGGAGGACAGAUACUCACGGGCGGUGGAGAUCCUGUUGAGAAUUGCGUUGGUAAUCGCCUCCGUGCUGGUGGCCAUCCAGUAUCCGGACUUUGGCCUGUUGCUAUCCUUCGUGGGAUCCUUUUGCUUGGCCCAACUGGGUCUGAUCCUGCCGGGAAUCGUGGACAUCUGUCUGCGGUAUGAGGCGGACUACGGCCCUGGAAGGAUCUUUCUCAUCCGAUCCAUAAUAUUUAUUUGUAUGGGCUUGGUUGGCGGAAUGGCCGGUACAGUGGUAACCCUACGAACCCUCUACGCUCGCUAUCCGGUUGUAAGGCAAAAGUUCUAG